ACAUUCUCCAGGCCGUCUUCAGCAGCCCCUUCAGUCACAAUGUUCGCCCCCAGGAUCCAGCGCCGCAUGUUCUCGGCCACCGCCCGUGACCUCUCCAAGGUUACCGUUCUCGGCGCCGCCGGCGGCAUCGGCCAGCCUCUCUCUCUGCUCCUGAAGCUCAACCCCCGUGUCACUGAGCUCGCCCUCUAUGACAUUCGCGGCGGUCCCGGUGUCGCUGCCGACAUCUCCCACGUCAACACCAAGUCCAAGGUGACCGGCUACGAGGCCACCCCCGCCGGUCUCGCCGCCGCCCUCAAGGGUGCUGACGUUGUCCUCAUCCCCGCCGGUGUCCCCCGCAAGCCCGGCAUGACCCGUGAUGACCUCUUCAACACCAACGCCUCCAUCGUCCGCGACCUCGCCAAGGCCGCCGCCGACUCGGCUCCCGAGGCCAACCUCCUCAUCAUCGCCAACCCCGUCAACUCGACCGUCCCCAUCUGCGCCGAGGUCUACAAGAAGGCUGGCGUCUACAACCCCAAGCGCCUCUUCGGUGUCACCACCCUCGACGUUGUCCGUGCCUCGCGCUUCGUCUCCGAGAUCAAGGGCACCGACCCCAAGGACGAGAACAUCACCGUCGUUGGCGGCCACUCCGGUGUCACCAUUGUCCCCCUCUUCAGCCAGUCCAACCACCCCGACCUGUCCUGA